GCUUGUCUAUGUGUUUGCGUUCGUGCCAGUUCUGUGAUUCGUGCAAACUGGAACGCCCUCAAGUGACACGUCCACUUACCCUGUCAAAUUUUCACCGUACAUUAAAUUCUGCAUGACAAAUUUUCAUGUUUUAACCAUUUAAAAUGCCGUUGAGAUUGGAUAUCAAGAGGAAGCUGACGGCUCGCUCGGACCGCGUGAAGUGCGUGGACCAGCACCCCUCGGAGCCCUGGCUGCUAUGCUCCCUGUACAAUGGGGAUGUCAACAUAUGGAACUACGAGACACAGCUGCAAAUAAAAAGAUUUGAGGUAUGCGACUUGCCAGUCCGUGCGGCCAAGUUUGUGCCGAGGAAGUUCUGGGUGAUCACCGGCUCCGAUGACAUGCAAAUUCGUGUCUUCAACUACAACACACUGGAACGUGUACACAAUUUUGAAGCUCAUUCAGACUAUGUGAGGUGUAUUGCGGUUCACCCCACCCAGCCAUACAUCUUGACCAGCAGUGAUGAUCUUCUGAUAAAGCUUUGGAACUGGGAUCGCAACUGGACUUGCCAGCAAGUGUUCGAGGGACACACGCACUAUGUGAUGCAAAUUGUCAUCAACCCCAAAGACAACAACACUUUUGCCAGUGCCAGUCUUGACAGAACCGUCAAGGUAUGGCAGCUGGGCUCUUCCAUCCCGAACUUCACUCUGGAAGGUCACGAGAAGGGAGUCAACUGUGUGGACUACUACCACGGCGGGGACAAGCCCUACCUCAUCAGUGGAGCCGACGACCGCCUCGUCAAGAUAUGGGACUACCAGAACAAGACUUGUGUUCAGACCUUGGAAGGUCACGCCCAGAACGUGUCAGCGGUGUCCUUCCACCCCGAGCUCCCGAUCCUGCUGACUGGCUCAGAGGACGGCACGGUGCGCAUCUGGCACGCGGGCACGUACCGGCUCGAGAGCUCGCUGAACUACGGCUUCGAGCGCGUCUGGACCAUAUCCUCCAUGCAUGGGUCUAAUAAUGUCGCUGUUGGCUACGACGAAGGGACUAUAAUGAUAAAGGUAGGACGGGAGGAGCCGGCUAUUUCCAUGGACGUCAAUGGCGGCAAAAUCAUCUGGGCCAAACACUCAGAGAUGCAACAAGUCAACCUGAAAGCUUUACCUGAAGGUACACACAUAAAAGAUGGUGAGAGGCUGCCAUUAGUGGUCAAAGACAUGGGUUCUUGCGAGAUCUAUCCACAGACGAUAGCCCACAAUCCCAACGGCAGAUUCGUAGUAGUCUGCGGAGACGGGGAAUACAUAAUUUACACAGCCAUGGCUCUGAGGAAUAAGGCUUUCGGCAAUGCGCAGGAGUUUGUGUGGACUUUUGACAGCUCGGAGUAUGCCACGCUCGAGAACUCCAGCACUAUCAAAGUGUUCAAGAACUUCAAGGAGCGGAAGAGCUUCAAACCGGAGUAUGGGGCUGAAGGAAUAUUUGGCGGUUUCAUGCUCGGCGUGAAGUCAAUCAGUGGAGUUUCCUUCUCCAUCUACGACUGGGAACAUCUGGAGCUCAUCAGACGCAUCGAGAUCCAGCCCCGCCACGUGUUCUGGUCGGAGAGCGGCAGCCUCGUCUGUCUGGCGACGGACGAGAGCUACUACAUCCUGCGCUACAACGCCGCCGUCGUCACCAAGGCGCGCGAGACUAACACCAACAUCACAGAGGACGGCAUUGAGGAUGCCUUUGAGGUGGUCGGCGAAGUGAACGAGACAGUAAAGACAGGCAUCUGGAUCGGGGACUGCUUCAUCUACACCAACUCUCUCAACAGAAUAAACUACUAUGUCGGCGGCGAGAUCGUCACGAUAUCGCAUCUCGAUCACACCAUGUACAUUCUUGGAUACGUAGCUAAGGAAAACAGACUAUACCUGAACGACAAGGAGCUCAACGUGGUCUCCUAUUCCCUUCUGCUGCCGGUACUGGAGUACCAGACGGCGGUGAUGCGAGGGGACUUCGAGACGGCGGACAAGGUGCUGCCGGUCAUACCGCAUGAACACCGGACACGGGUCGCUCACUUCCUUGAGAAACAGGGCUUCAAGCAGCAAGCUUUAGCCGUCUCCACGGAGCCGGAACACCAGUUCGAGCUGGCCCUAGCUUUAGGCGAGUUACGAAGAGCCCGCCAACUAGCCGAGGAGGCGACGGCGGCUGAAGGCGCUCCGUCGAGGACCUCCGCCGCGCGGUGGUCGCGCCUCGGGGCCGCCGCCGCCGCCGCCGCCGACACGGAGCUCACGAGGAUAUGCUUCCAGAAUGCGCACGAUUAUGGGGGACUGCUGGUUUUCGCUACUAGCACAGGUGACAAAGAGCUGAUGAAGGAGAUAGCAGACAUGGCCCUGAAGGAGGGUCAGAACAACGUGGCAUUCCUCGCGUACUUCACACUUAACGAGCUGGAGACCUGUCUGAAGCUGCUCAUAGACACCGACAGACUCGCCGAAGCCGCAUUCUUUGCCAGAUCGUACAUGCCAUCGAAGGUGGUGGAAGUGGUGAAGCUGUGGCGGCAGGAGGUGACCGCCACCACCAACAAGAAGUCGGGCCAGGCGCUCGCCGACCCCGAGAGCUAUGAGAACCUCUUCCCUGAAUUCGCCGAAAGUCUAGAACUAGAGAAGUACCAGGCAGAAUUCGGCUACGAGUACAGUUCCAACCUCGCAAACAUUCCAGACAACUACAAACUCAGCAAUAUUGACAGAGAUUUGGCUUUAGAGAAAGCCGAAGCAGAGAAACUCGGCCUAUACCACCCCAGCGCUUCAGUCCAAAGCACCGAGCCCAAAGAGCCCUCUCCGGAGGUGUCGUCAGCCACGGAGGCCAAGCUGAAGCGCAAGAACUCCCUGGACAUGAUGGAGGAGCUAGAGAAGGAGCUGGAUGAUGUGCAACUGGAGGACAGCGUGGAAAGCCUGGAUUUGUCGGAUGAAGCAGAUUUGAUCGAGUAAAUAUUAUUAUUAUAUAUUUAGAUUUCUUAUUUCAUAAUAUCAUCAUAAAACUAAUUCAUAAAGUGCUAAUACAUUUGUAAGUUUAAAGUAUUAUACAGAUUUUCUUUCCCAAUUAUGUCUUUAAUUAAAUUAUUUUAAAUGGAA